GUGUAGCGGCUGAUCUUGUCAAAGAAAUAUUGAGUAAGGCAAUUUCUCUUGCAGCUGAAGAGAUCGGCCUUGUGUGGGGCUUCAAGGGAGAUCUGGCUAAGCUCAAAGACUCAGUUGAAAUGAUUCAAGCCUUUUUAGCUGAUGCCGAGACACGAGGAGUUGGCGAGAAGUCCGUCAAGCUAUGGCUGGAGAAGCUUAAGGAUGAAACUUAUCGAGCCGAUGAUGUCUUGGAUGAGUUCGCUUACGAAAUCGCCCGGCGAAAGGUGGAGAUUCGAGAUCAAAUGAGGAGAAAGGUGCGCUUUUUCUUUUCAAGUUCUAACCCAGUCUUGUUUCGCUCCCGAAUGGCUCAUAAAAUCAAGAAAAUCAACACAUCCUUGGUUAAGAUCAACGAAGAAGCAAAGGUUUUGGGACUUCGACUGAGUUUACUAGCAGCUCCUUCUCAAGUCACUGUAGAUCACCAAGGGGCCGAUUCCCUUCUUCACCAAGGGGUUUCACAGGUGGCUAACCCCCAACUCUUUAUUGGCCGAGAGACCAACUCACUUCUUCACCAAUCUGAAGUUGUUGUAGCAAGGGAUGGUGAUGCAUCAAAUAUAGUUCAAAUGUUAACCAGCCCAAAAAAUCAGGAUGUUGUCUCUGUGAUUCCCAUUGUGGGAAUGGGAGGCCUUGGAAAAACAACUUUGGCUAAGUUAAUCCAUAAUGGCGAUGAGAUAACGAGACACUUCGAUUCAAGAAUUUGGGUAUGUGUAUCUGAGAAUUUUCGAUUCAAGAAUUUGGGUAUUUUGAUAUAG